CUCACUACCGGAGAGAGGAUCCCAUUUCUUCCUACUGAAUAAGAGCAAUGGAUAUCGAGAAAGUCAACUCCAUGGACUUUGGAGAAUUUGUGGAUGUGUUUGGGAAUGUCAUUGAGAGAUGUCCCCUGAUCGCAGCUGCUGUGUGGUCCCAGCGUCCAUUCUCCAAUCUAGAUGACUUGGAGAAGCAUUUCUUUGCCUUCAUUGAUGGUCUUUCCCAAGCAGGCCAAGAAGGCAUCCUCCGCUGCCACCCGGACCUGGCGGGCCGCGAGCUGCAGCAGGGCACGCUCACUGCCGAGUCCCAGCGGGAGCAGAGCGGCGCGGGCCUCGCCAGCCUGGGCCCUGCCGAGCGGCGGCGGCUGUCGGAGCUCAACGCGCAGUACCGCGCGCGCUUCGGCUUCCCUUUCGUGCUGGCGGCUCGGCUCAGCGAGCGCUCGGCCGUGCCCCGCGAGCUGGAGCGCCGGCUGCACUGCCCGCCCGCCGAGGAGCUGCGCACCGCCCUGGGCGAGGUGAAGAAGAUCGGCCGCCUUCGACUAGCCGAUCUCCUCGGCCGCGACCCCGCCAAGCUGUAGCGCGACCCGUUGGGAAGCUCCGGGCGCCCUGGCACGAGGCUGGCGCCAGCCCCUUGAGGAGUCCACCGGCUGCACCAAGGGUGGAGGGAGAAUUGGGCCGCUUCCACUGGCGCCCCUUUGCCCUUCCCUGCACACGCGCACGAUUUGCCCAUAUAGCUAGCUAGCUAGCUGCGUGGUUCCGGGCUUGGCCCCGAUUUAUCCAACUCACUUUCUAUUCUUCCCUCCCCUUUGAGGCCUCCCCCGGUGGCCGCUCAGCUUUUGUGGAACCGAAGCUGCUGACCCAACUGUUUGGCUAUCGGCUCCCUAGCUAAACCCGACCUGGGGAGGAGGGGAAAGAAACCUUUUACCCAC